UAUUAUUUGUGAUUAACAACUUAAGUCUGGUGGAUUAUUAUAGCGCAUUCUUAUGCAAUUUACAAGUACUGUUAGUGCGUUGUAACCUUCACCUUGCAGUUUGCACAAAGAAAAUUGUAUCAUCGCCAUCGCUUAUAAAUAAAUAAAUUUGAUUGACUCUCAAUAAAGCAAGCUCUAAUUACUUUGCAUAUUAUAAUUCAACGAUGGAAUUAAAUGCGUUUUCAUGUAGUAUAUCGAUGAUGUGAUUGCCAUGCUUUCAUAAUAAGAUAACAUGAUUUAAAUUUAUUAUUUCGGAUAAUGAGCACGUAAUUCGGACGAUUAAGCCUUAAGGAUCAAGCUGGACCAAGCCGGUAGAUCAACGAAUUGCGAGCAGAAUGGGGAAGGCAAGUUUCUGGAGCCAGUUCAAUGCCUUGAUAUGGAAGAACUUCUUGCUGAAGAAAAGGAACAAGAAACAGACUAUACAGGAAUUUUUGAUGCCCCUCUACUUCAUUCUGAUCCUGGCAUUAAUAAGGCGCGUCUCAAAGCCGAACCCUUUGCCUCAGAUUCCUAGCUUUCCAACUUAUGAUAUUACAAACACAUCACUCCUAAAUCCAGACCUGGGAAGCUACAUUUUAGUUGUUCCAGAUACAAAUUAUACUCAGACAGUAAUGGCGGAAGUUGCCAAAAUUCUGAUUUCAGAUUUCAAUAUACCUGACAUUAAACUUAGAUUUUUCAAUUCCAAUGAAAAUGCCACAGCUAGUUACCUCAUAAAUGCAACAAAUAUCAUAGGGGGUGUAACAUUUGAUCUGUCUUCGGCCAGUAACAAUCUUAGUUACGCUAUACGGGUUCCAUACCACAACAUUGCCAAAUCCAUUGAAAACGUGUACAGCGACCAGUCUCAAUGUCGCCAGGGCAACGGCCUUGACGUUGACAACUGUGACGCAAACACGUACCUCCACACAGGUUUUGCCAUUAUCCAGUCUGCAAUAGAUCUGGCACUCAUGAAAGAAUCCCUGCAGAAACCAACUCGGCUGUCACUCAAAGUGGACAUCACCAUGCUCCCGAAACCUGGGUUUGUGCCCGAUACGACCUACAUGCAGGUCAUGUCCUCGCUGUAUUUUGUUGUUGCCUAUUCUCCAUUUAUAAACUUCCUGAUGGUGAACCUUGUGGCAGAGAAAGAGAAAAAGAUCAAAGAGGGCAUGAAGAUGAUGGGUUUACGUGAUGCAGCUUUUUGGUUGUCCUGGGGGUUUGUCUACUCAGUGAUCAUUAUCAUAGUAUCUGCUGCUGUCGCGGUGAUCGCAUACACAACAUCGUUCUUCUCCCAUAGCAACCUGUUCUUGUUCUUCCUGCUACUUGUCCUGUACGGGCUCUCGUUUAUUGGGGCCUCCUUUGCAGCCACUCCAUUCUUCAAUAAGGCCCAGGUGGCCGGUGCGGUGGCUAGCCUGGCGUCCCUUCUCAUCAGCACCCUGUACCUGGUGGUCAGUCUGACCCGUACCUACACUGCGACCGGUGUCCAAUACACCAUCCCUGUGUGGGGGCGGAGUCUGCUCUGUCUGCUGUCACCAGUUUGUCUCGCACUGGCCAUAGAUCAGACUGUGUACCUGGAUAUUGUGAAUCCCGAGGGUCUGUCGUUCUCAACUCUAACAUCGGGGGACUUUCCUGUGAUCAUUCCACUGGUGAUGCUGUUUGUGGACUCAGUUCUGUACUUUUUGUUGGCCAUCUAUCUGGACAACGUCAUACCUGGAGAGUAUGGUUCUCGGUAUCCACCCUGGUACAUCUUUAUGCCAUCCUACUGGUGCCAUGCCUUGGGAGGCCAAAGUAGCAAUCAGUUUGGAAACCCGGUGAACACAGAGGCAAGCAACACGGGAAGCAGUGAAAACAUAGAGAUAGUGCCCAGAGAAAUGAGGCAAAAUGUUGGAGUUCGUAUAGUUAACCUGACUAAGGAGUACUCACCUAAGAAAGCAGAUUCAGUACUGGCAGUAAAUGGCUUAUGUCUGGAUAUAUACGAGAACCAGAUCACAGCCUUGCUGGGUCACAAUGGGGCAGGCAAGACAACUACUCUGAAUAUCCUCACUGGGCUUACCUCCCCUACAUCUGGAACUGCUUUCAUCAAAGGACUGAAUGUAUCAAACAAGAAUGAAUUGUCGGAGAUUCGCAGCCAGUCGGGUGUCUGCCCCCAGCACAACAUCCUGUUUGAUCACCUGACCUGCAUUGAACACCUGGAGCUGUUUGCAGGCAUCAAGGGUAUCCAGGACGAUCAACGACAACAACAGAUUGCUGAAGCGUUGGACAGUGUUGGACUCAAGGAACAGAAAGAUGUGAGUGCAGCAAAGCUGAGCGGUGGGCAAAAGCGUAAACUCUCUGUUGCCAUAGCAAUCAUUGGAGACCCGAAGAUCAUAUUUCUGGACGAGCCUACUGCGGGCAUGGACCCAUACUCAAGACGCCACCUCUGGUCCGUGUUGAAGGAGAAGAAGAAGGGCCGCAUAAUUCUACUCACCACACACUUUAUGGAUGAGGCAGAUAUACUGGCAGAUCGUAAAGCCAUUAUCAACAAGGGUGCUCUCAGAUGCUGUGGAUCCUCACUGUUCCUCAAGAACAGAUUUGGCAUCGGAUAUCAUCUCAACAUGGUGGUGAAGCCUACUGCUCUGAUAGAGAAGAUCUUCCGGUACGUGUCUCGCUACGUUCAGGGGGUGGAGGUCAACAGACACCACGGUCAGGAGCUGGACCUCAUGCUGCCCCUCAACCAGGUCUCACACUUCUCAGACCUGUUUUCUGGCCUGGAGCAUGUGACUGGUGAAGAGGGAGACAAGCUUGACGAAGACAUUGGUAUCCUUAGCUACGGCAUCGCCAUGACAACCCUGGAGGAGGUCUUCUUAGAACUAGAAAAGGAGCAUGACAAUGUAAGUCUUGAAGACCUUGGGAAAGGGAAAAGAUUGGCAAAGAUAGUGGAAAUGGAAAACUUGGCUGAAAAAAGGAUUGCAGAGAUUCCCGAGAUGAAUGGCCGAGCAACCGAGGACGGUAACGUCACUAUUGAGAAUUUAGAUGACGCUCAUGCAGCUGAGGUUGACAACAUUGAAAGGCCACCUGAGGUUGAGGGCCUGUUGCCAACGGAGACAUGUGUUGCCGUGGAAGAAGCGAACUUCAAGUCACAAGCUGAACAUCCAGAUGUUGGCGUCUUAUUGAAGGGAUCAGCCCUAGCUGUCCAGCGUUUCAUGGCAUUGUUUAAGGUGAAGUUUCUACGGAACAGCCGCAACAAGCAGCUGCUGUUCUAUCAGCUGGUCUUACCCAUCAUCCUGGUGGUCAUUGGGGUGAUGGUGAGCAACAAGUCCCAUGUUAUUCCCGAUGGUAAGAAUCCAGCCAUUUUAAACAUCAGUGCUGGAAUGUAUGCGAGACUAAAAACAGGAUCUCCAGUAAUUGGCCGCUUUGGACCAGUACCUCCGAUACUGGGAGAGGAUAGCAUAGGCAAUACAGCAUCACGGCUUAUCCUGCAAGGCCUGUCAAGUGCAUUCCUGUUGGACCCCUUCAAUGCCAAUAUCAACUUACUGAACACUUCAUUUGCCCCACAUUACCUAGGUCUCAACCUUACCAGCCUUGCUACUGUUGGAAAUCAACUAACGGAGUUCAGCUACACUGCAUUCUACAAUGACUCUGCUGUUCACGCCAUACCCGCCAUUAUCAACCUGAUGAGCAAUGUUAUCUUCAAAACUGAAGAGGCCUUGACUGGCAAGGGGGGUAACUCCAGCUCCAUAAGUGUCAGUAGCUGGCCAUGGCCCACACAUUUCCAGAAGACAAAAUACACAGGCGGUGCAUUUGCUUCUGUGAUUCUACUGGCCAUGGCUUUCUCAGUUAUACCUUCAGGUUUUGGGGUGGAUAUUGUAAAGGAUAGAGAGAGUAAGGUGCGUAGUCAGCUGCGUAUAUCUGGUGUGCCAUUCUGGCUGUAUUGGGCGACCUCUAUAGCCGUGGAUGCCCUUAAAUACUCCAUGCCUGCUGUACUCAUUGUUACCAUGACAUUCGUUCUGAAGGUGGAGGUGUUUGAUAGCGCCGGGUCCCUGCUGUCCCUGGUACUGCUCUGUGUUACCUACAUCCCGUCCAACGUGCUCUUCUCCUACGUGUUCUCCUACAUGUUCAACAGCUGGGAAUCGGCACAAGCAGUACAACCCACACUCUUCAUCUUUGGUGGGUUCAUGCCAUAUGUGGCGGUGUCCCUGAUUGAUACCAUGAGCAGUGAGUCUACAGCCAGCAUGGUGCACUUAAUUUCGUGCUGUGCCAUGCCACCUUACAGCAUCUUUGGAGGCAUCUAUUACAUUGAUAAGGUGUACAGAGUUGCAACCAUGAAGAUGGAGGUGAACAAGAUUGCUUUUGGAGAGUACUUUACUGCCAAUAUACUUGUGGCCAUUCUCCUGCCUAUACUGCAAGUGUUGGUGAACUUUGUCCUGCUAAGAGUCCUAGAUGUGAGGGACACUGGUGGGUCAGUGGCAGACGCCUUUGGUUGCCUGGCAGCAAGGAAGCCUCAUUCUGAGUACGCAAACAUUGACGAUGUCACCAGUGAUGUCAAUGAAGAUGAUGAUGUCAUUGAAGAGAGGCAGAAGGUGAAUGACAUCAAACAUCAAGCUGAGGAUCGUUUAUUUGAAUUGGAACAUUUACUACGUGAAGAGAUGCCAGUCUGUAUGAUUCGAGGGCUCAACAAAAGGUUUAACAAUCAGACAUCCAUGAUAACCUCGUUAUUUAAAAAGAAGGAGGAGGGUGAAGGUCAUGUUGCAGUUAGAAACUCUUCGUUCACUGUAAACAAGGGUCAGGUGUUUGGGCUUCUGGGACCUAACGGGGCAGGAAAGACGACCACACUCAACAUGAUCACUGCUGACAUGACACCUACAAAGGGAGAGGUCUAUAUUGGAGGUCACAGUAUCCACUCGAACAUGUCUGAAGCGUUCCAGGCAAUGGGUUUCUGCCCCCAGCACGACGCCCUGUGGGACCUGAUCACCCUAGAAGAGCACCUGGACUGCUACGCCAGGAUACGUGGCAUCCCUGCCAAGCAGCUAAAACCCCUGAUGGACUUCUUCAUUGGAAAUCUAAAGUUAGAAGAACAUGUCAAGAAAAUAACGAAAAAAUUGUCUGGCGGAACAAAAAGAAAGCUAAGCUACUGCAUGAGCAUGCUGGGAGACCCACGAGUUGUGCUGCUGGAUGAACCCUCCACUGGUUUGGAUCCCCAGUCCAAACGCUUCCUCUGGGACUUUAUCACGGCCAGUUUCAAGGACCAGGACAGAGGUGCAAUCCUCACUACCCACUAUAUGGAGGAGGCUGACGCCCUCUGUUCACGCAUCGCCAUCAUGGUCAACGGAAAGAUACAGUGUAUUGGGUCAAGUCAACACCUGAAGCACAAGUAUGGCAGUGGCUACUUACUGGAGAUCAAACUUCAACUGGCGGCAGAAGAACAGGCCGACUACAGUGGGGCCAUGGUACAGCUGAAGGACUACAUACAUCUCCACUUCCCAGACGUGGUGUGUGUUGAGGAGUUCAGUGAGCGGGUCAUGUUCAAGGUGCCCCGACACAACGUCAAGUCACUUGCCAGUGCGUUCAAAGUGCUCGAACAAGCCAAGAAGGUCCAUAGUGUGGAAGAGUUCAGUUUCAGUCAGGCUUCCUUGGAACAGGUAUUCCUUGACUUUGCCAAGAAGCAGAGGGAUGAAGGAGAGAAACCAUAGAUCAACAUGUCAUUUGUAUGUUUGAUUAAGAAGAAAAAGUCUUACACUAUCAACGACAUUUGAAGAAGAAAAAACAGUCAUGGACUCCCAGACAGUAUGGGGAAUAAGAAUAAAUGUCUAUUAGCCAGAAGUUUUCAUAAAAAUCCAAAUUCAAUUUCCAUGGUUAUUCUUAUGGAGAAACACAUAGAUGUUAAGUAGUUUUGAUGUUAGCAGAAAAAAGAACAUUUUAUACUGACAACAAGGAUUUUUAAUCUUAUAUAACACCUGCCACUUAAAGAUGUCUACCUCCAGCAAAAUGAAUUACCUCACUUUAAAAAAAUCUCCCCCUCCCCAGUGGCUUAAUUCCCCCACUUAUAUUCUUAUCAUAAAUGUUUGAUCAAUGAUUUUCAUGAAAAACAUGCAAUUAAAACAAGAUCAAUAUAGAUUCCAAUGAAUUAUGAUAAUAAUUAUAAUGUCAAUAAUCAAUUCUUAUUUUUCAUAGUCACACAUUGAAAUACAUGUAUUCUAACAAAAAGUUGAGUAAAAUAGAUUUAUUAACCCUUUGAGCGCUGGAACCGGAUUUUGAAGGCCUUUGCAAACAGUUUGGAUCCAGAUGAGACGCCACAGAACGUGGCGUCUCAUCAGAAUCCAAACUGUUUGCUAUUCUGAUAGUAUUCUUUGAAAAAAAAUCGACGAAAAUGUAAUUUUAAAAAUUCAGCAGACGAAAUUUUAGCAGACGACAAAUUUCCCAGCACGCAAAGGGUUAAAAUUAUAUAACAGCUUUCUUACAGAUAAAUGAACAAUAAACAAUAAAUACAUUGUAGACUUCCUAAUGUUUCUAAAGGCAAGAUGACAAACUGCAUGCAUACUAUUGAUGGAUCUUUAACCCUUUGCAUGCUGGGAAAUUUGUCUUCUGCUAAAAUGUCGUCUUCUGAAUUUCUAAAAUUAGCAUUUUCUUCGAUAUUUUUCAAAGAAUACUAUCAGAAAAGCAAACAGUUUGGAUCCUGAUGAGACGCCACGUUCUGUGGCGUCUCAUCUGGAUCCAAACUGUUUGCAAAGGCCUUCAAAAUUUGGUUCCCGCACUGAAAGGGUUAAGUGCUAAGUUGUGUGAGAUGCCCUAAAAAAGAUUGUAAAGAUGUAAUAAAUAUGAUAAGCAAUUAAACCUGCUAGAUUUGUUGUUUUCUUACAGUGUCCUUUUGCAUGCAUAUUUACCUUUGAGAUACAAUUUCUCCUUUCUGGGGAAAUCAACGUGGGUUUUCGCUUAAAAGCAGCUUCAUGAUUAAUAUUAAUGCAUAUGGCCCCUUACCACAGUAGUAAGAAGACCUUGGGCCAAGUAAUUUUGUUAAAAGAAAAAACACUAAAAUGAUAUAGUUAUUAAUAUAUUGAAUAUGUUGAAGGCACAAUAGCAGAGGUCAUUAUAUGAUGAAGCUGUUAUGUCCAGUGUAUAUCAAUGUUAAAAUCAUGGUAAAUUGUUCUGCAUUGUACCAAAAAACAACAACAUUUCUAAUGAUUUAAAAUAAAAACUUCAGUAUGUGUAUGUCAAUUAUAACAGAUGUAUGUAUCAGGCAUUGAAAGUUAUUAUUAUACUUUGAAAACAAAUGAAAGAAGUAACACAAUAUAAUUUUCUAUUCCUUUUUGUUAUUUUCAAUUUAUUACUAUUACAAUGGCACUAUGCUAGCAUCUAGUUGUAGCAUACAUUUUGUAUUCAGACUACUAACAGGGGGGCACGCGUAUAUGGGAGCUUACUGCGUUUAAGUGAGAAAGUUGUUGCAAAACUUCAAAGAUGGCGUCGUUUAAGUGUUUUUCGUGAAGGAGUAGCGGAUAUUUUCACCCGGUAAGCCAGUUUAUAUUUAUAUUUCUUUUAAAUGAAUAAUCCCUUUCGGCUCUACGGUGUUUGUGCUCCCCUCGGUUUUUUGUUUCAAAACCGUAGACGUCGGAAUAAAAAAGUUAUUGAAGCAAAACCGUCGACAAAUUUGUUGUUUAAUUUCUUGACCUUCGAGAUGUUGGAUGUUCGAAUAUCAUUUUCUCUCAUAAUAAACAGUAUUUGUGCAUGUGUACAGUAAAAUAUAACAUAAAUCACGAAUAUUUUUUUAUUUCGACGCGUUGUUAUGUCUAUUAAUUCAUUUAAUGCCGAAUUAUAACGGGUUAACCCCCAUUUUUGGAACUAAACUUUCUUUUAAGCACAUUUUGGGACCUGACUUUGAAAUGAUUAACAGCUCUUUCCUAUGUUACAAGGUUUUAUGCGAAAUAACUUUCGUGAAUGAAUUCCGCAUUGGUGCGAAUGUCUUGGAAAACAUUUUCGUUUGAAGAAAUCAAGAGUUUUCUUUUUUCUAUUAAUUGUUUUAUUAUUAAUUUGUAUUAUUAUAUGUUUUAUCGCGUACUUAACGCUAACAUUUAGUGUGUGUAAUAUAAGACAUUCGACAGUAUUAUAAACACAGUGUAAUUCUUACCUGUUUAUUUUAACACAUAUGGACAUACUUAUGUUUGAAUAUGCAUCCAACGGAAUACUAUGCUUACUAUUUCCAGAUAUCUAGACGCCAGUUAUAUAUGUGGAGGAUGCCAAGAUUAAAAAAGACGGCGUAACGAAGUGUGUACCGCUCUAGAAUGCGAUAGGUACAUGAAAACCCACCAAUCAAACAAAAGAGAUUACGUCGAAGUACCUUGCCAAACAAUCACAUAUACGUGCAAUAAAAGUGUAAUGAAAAACAUAAUAGGGUAAAGCCGGUUUGAUAUUAGUAUAAGGUUGAUGUAACCAAAUACUGCCAUAGUUGCGAUUCGGAAUACAUGAAGCAAUUUGGAAUACCUGACAUCUGCUUAGAAGAUGCAUAUCGGUGGAUGUUUUUUUAUGAUACUUAAAGAUGAAUUGUUUUUUUAAUACAAUGACAUUUGACGCGUUUUACCAUAACGAUACUGAUUCAUGUAUGUGACUUUGAUGUGACACAUUUUGGACGACCUUCUUUUAAACCAGUUCUGAGUUGGUCACUAUAUUAUAAUCGCAAAAAGUGAAUUUGUAGUGGAUAGAAUUUGUGCAUUUGUGCAAAUGCAAUACACGAUAUGAUUUCAGUAGAAGUGAUCAAUAUAAUUUUUAUACAUGUAUGUUUUUUCUCUUUUAUACCCAUGUGAAUACAUAUUAUUUAUUACUGUUGUAUUGAGGGAAUAAAGUAUUGGUUCACUUAGAAAGAUUAUUUCGUUUGUUCCUAACAUUGCCUUCUAAUCGUAAGAAAUGUUAAUAUGUCAAAUGCAUAACGAAUUAAAUCCGACCCAAAUCUUUUUUUAUCAUGUAUGUAAGUGCUGAAUACAAUUGAAAAUUUAUGCAGAGACAUCGUAGAAAGAAAUGACAUAACACAGAUAAUGGUUUAUUUUCAUAACAAAGCGAGAAACUAGCAUCAUGACAUAUGCGGAAUAAAACUUGUAAGUAAGUAGCACUGACUCAUAGCAAUUAUAUGUCAGACGUGUCUAUGUUGACUUUAUAAAUAAAACAAAAACACUACAAACAUCAGCUGUACAUGUUUUGUUAUGUUCGUGUUUUUUAUUUGCUGUUUUAGUCCGGCUCUGUUGAAGGAUUCUUUCUUGCAUAUUCUACAUUUAAACUCAUGUGGUCCAUGAAUGGGGCAUGAUACCUCCAUCCUCCCCUGAUGUAAAAUUCCUCAUUACAUAUACUGCAACGAAAGAUGCACUUAUUUUCGCCCUUUAACCUGCAUCAUCUGAAAAGACAGUAAAAGAAUGGUUAAAAAAAGUUCAUAGCAGAAUAAGGUCGACACGUCAUAAAAUACAUGAAAAUAAUUAUAAUAUUACUGAAAGAUAAACGUUCUAUUAUCUCGUACAUCAGCCACCACACGACCCAUCUUCUUGAAAAUAGGUGAAUUGAUUCAAUUGGUCGGCCGGUUUUUCGAACAGCAUUAUUAUUAUUCUACAGUAAGUAACGUGAUUAAGAAAACACUUAUAUUGCACCAUGUAACAUGUUAUAAAACAAUACUAUUGAAGUACACAUAUACACUUUAUUUAAGAUGGGUAGGUAUAUCAUGUCAAGCUCUUUUACAUAUGAAAGAGCUGUUUGUCAUUUGGAAGUCAGGUCCCAAAAUGUGCUUAAAAGGAAGUCAGUUCCAAAUAAGGGGGUUAAACCAAUAAUGUUUGCCAAUAAAUUAAUUAUCAGUGAUAAAACGGCGUCAGGUAAAAUGAAAUAAUCAUGAUUUUAUUUAUAUUUUACUGUUCACGUGUGUCAAUACUGUGUAUUAUAAGAGAAAAUGAUAUUUGUACAUCCAAUUUCUCGAACGUCCCGUAAGUAGACAACAGAUUUGUGGACGGUUUUCCUUCAAUAACUUUUUUAUCCCGACGUCAUACGAUCUUGAAACAAAAAACCAAGGGAAGCACACACACCGGAGAGCCGAGAGCGUAUUCAUUUAAAAUAAUUAUAAAUACAAAGGGGCUUACCGGGUGAAAAUAUUCUCCCUUCCUUUAAGAAAAUCCAACAAACGACGCCAUCUUUGAAGUUUUGCAACAACUUUCUCACUUAAACGCGGUAAGCUCCCGUAUACGUGUGCCCCCCUGACUAAUGUCAUAUAUAUCUUUUGAGGUAUAACAGUUUGAUAGAGUAAACUAGAAGUGAAUAUAAGUAUUGUUACCAUUGUACUUAAGUAUGUUGUUAGGGUUAGAUGUUGUUUGCAUAAACACUAUGAGUGGCAUCUGUGUUGCCUAUGAAAAGUUACUGUUAUGUCAUAUAUUAUUUUUGUCUUUCCUUUUUUGCUACAAUAUAGAUUAAAUCACAAAUUGUUUUCUUUAUAUUAUUUUUUAUUUCAAGUUAUUUGUACUUCAAGCUGAUUGCAACUUUAUAGACUUUCAAAUUGUAACUAUAUAAGCAUACAUUUAUAUAAGUAUUUAUUCAUUAUCAAGAUAGUUAUAACAGCAUGUUUAUUAGCAUUUGUUUUAUUCAAAGUUCUUCUUAUAGUUCUGUGUAUUUGUGAAUGUAUUAUCUCAAAGUAUUUGGUAUCAUUUUUCACCUUUUAGAUUUUGAAUGGUGAUCUUUGACUAAGAGUAGCAUACAUGUCUUUCCAGUUAUAUCAUGAUUUUGUAAUUUUUUAAGUAGACUAGCUCCCACUUGAAUAUUGUCCCAUGACAUAAGCACAUGUGGAAGUUAACAUUUUUCUACCUUUGUAAUGGAAAUUUGUAUUUACUGUAAAUGCAUUACAGUUGAAAAUCAAUUCAGAAAUGUAAUGAAAACAAAAUUUAGGAAUUAUCUACUGUGACAUCAUUUUGCCUGUAAUAAUACACAUAACAAUAGCCUUGGCAAAUUUUUACCAAUUUCUCUGUUUCUUUUUAUUUUUAUUGAAUGUAUUGAAUUUAUUAUUUGAAUACUUAUACAUGUUAACAAGUGUAUACUACUUGUUUCUACAAAUGGUUUUCAUCUUUAUUGCUGUAUAACUUUGUGCGUUUAUAUGCCAUAUUCCUUGUGAACUGUAACUAAGAACUCUUAUAUUGCUUGUAGUUCUAGGUAAUAAAAGUCUUGUAGUGGCAUUAAGUGUUGCUUUUAUUAUGACAAAUGCAUGGUUUAAAAAGAAACAGGCUUAAUUUUUGUAUAUUUGAAAAUCAUUGAAUAAUGUGAUUGUGAAGAUUUAAGCAUCUUAACAAAACAACAUAUUAAAACAUAAAGUGCUUGCAUGGUCGGGCUGGCUCAGUUGAUAGUCAGUGCUAGUCUAUAGCCUAGCUGGCGUUUGUCAGUGUACUGUAACAAACAAUUUGGGGCAUUAUUGAAUAAAUAUAAUCAAAUUUUGUAUCAACGCAAUAACCCAAAUUUCAUACAAAAGACAGUCACUAGAUCAACAUUUAAUUGCCUCUGGGUAUCAAACGUCAAUAAGUUUCGGACACUUCGGGUUUGUAUCAUACUUGAUGAGUCCUUGUAUAUUUACGUAUCAUAAAGAUCAGUCAAACAUCGAUUAAUUCCGUAUGUAUUCAUUAUGUGUCAGAAUCAGCCAAUCAGAAUUGCACACGUCACAAUCAACUUCUGUUUUUUGUUAGUUAAUAGUCAGUAUCAUGCCCACAGCCGGAUAGGAGAGGUCGUAAUUUCUUGCUGUCGUGGGUGGGGCCCGUUGUUGGUCUUCACAUUUAUCUUGAAUUUUACAAACAUUUAAAAACGUGUUGAGUUUAAUAAAAAGAAAUAAAACGCACAGAAAUCUGAAA